UCUUCUUUUCGAAUAGACGUUAGUGCGGUCUUAACGCGGUUAAAAUGCCAACGAACCAGGGCCACUAACUAAAUUAAUCAAUGACCAAUAACAACAAGCGAGUGAAGUGAAGUGAAAAUAACCGAAUCCGAAAUCGAAUACGAAUAUGGCGCACAAUACGCGCAACUCCGAUUUAUCGCAGAUAGCGGUCAAUGCCAACAAUAUACCCGAUGAUAGCGUUGAUUGCGGCAUCAAAGGUCUGGGCUGGUGCCGCGGUCCUGGAUGCCAGAAAUAUGCCAGACUGCGCACCUUUAUUCUGGUCUUGGCCAUUUCGGGAACACUCCAGGGUGCCUGUGAAUCCUACUUCCGUGUUUCCGCCAAACAGGCCGCCUUCCAAUUUGACUAUAGUCCGCUGCUAGUGGAUUGGCUUCUGGUGGCCAGCGGAUUGUUCCAGGCCGUGUUUGCAUUAGCAUUUGCCUACUGGGCGGACGUCUAUCAUCCCAUUAAAUGGCUGGUGGGAACUCUGAUGUUCCAAGCAGUCACCUGUGUAGUGGCUGUGAUUCCCUCCAGUAUGAACUUUGCCGAAGGUGUCAAGGCAAAAGAUGCUCUAGUAGAUGCCAAUCUGUGCGCUACAUCGCUGGCGCAGUUCCAGAAACUCACGCUGACCGAGGCCCAGAGCAGCACCCUCACUCUUGCGAUGCUUUUCGUCCUUCAGUUGGCCCUGGGAAUGGGUGGCCUGGCGUAUUACACUAUAGGAGUGAGCUACAUCGAUGACAACUCCCUGUCGCAAGAUAGCCCGGCGGUGAUAGCAGCUGCACUGGCUGCCCGCAUCUUUGGCCAGCAAGCGGGCUCCUUUCUGGUACUUGGAGUGGGUUUGACCAACGUGGGAUGGUGGCUUGGCUGGGUGAUACUGGCUCCGUUCAUUUUCGUCGGAGCUGUGCUCUUGGGAUUGUUUCCCAAGCGUCUGCCCAAAACGGUAAUCCACCAAGCUGCCCAAAGGAUCAUCGAGCAGUCUAACAUGCGAACGUUUGGCAGCCAGUUUUCCACUUACCUGGAUGACUCUGAUUUCUGGCCAUCGCUUAAGAGGCUUUUCAACAACCGCCUACUAAUGUUCAACCUACUGAGUAUUAUGUGUGUGCAGAGUGCGUUGGUUAACUAUGGCCUCCAGGAGGAAAGCUAUCUGCAGAGCAGGUUCUUCUUGCCUUACAACGAGCAGGAUGGCUUGACUGCGGAGUGGAGAUCGGCCUUUGUUUCUUACUUCCUCAAGCCCCCAGUAAUGGCGGUGGGAAUGCUUGUAAGCGGUCUUAUUAUUUCGAAGGCUCAAUUAUCUGCCCGUAAAAUCACAGGCAUUAACAUAGCUCUUAGUAUACAUCUGGUGGCCAUUUUCGUGGGCCUGGUCUUUGUUCAGUGCGAUGUGGGUGCUAUUGCUGGUGUGGAAGGUGGCAAGUUGAAGCAGCCCUACUGCUCCAGCCAGUGCCUGUGCACCCCCACUGCCUUCAUGCCUGUCUGCCCGGAAAACAGCGCCAUCACUUACUUCUCGCCCUGCUACGCUGGAUGUACCAAACAGACUACGAUUAAUAGCUUCGAGCUGUUCGAAGGAUGCAGCUGCAGCGCUGAUCAAUCCCUGAACUCCACUGGUCAGAUGAGGGCCACCGCAGGAGCCUGUAGCGCCGACAAGUGUCAGUCGGCCAUCAUCAUUUUCCAGAUCAUGAGCAUUUCGGUGGCCUUCCUAAUGGGUGUGGGUGCCAUUGGCAAAACGUUGAUCACCUUAAGGGCUGUCCUGCCACAAGAUAAGACCUUGGCCCUGGCCUUUGAACUGAUGAUCGUGGGACUCUUUGCCUAUAUUCCAGUUCAUCUAAGCUACGAUAUAGUGACCCGUACCACCUGCGUUUACUGGGCUCCCAACUAUGAACGUUGUCUGCUGCGGGAGACGCCCAAGCAUGGCAAUAUCCUUGAUAUCCUAACAGCUUCUUUGAUCUUGGCCAGUGUGAUCUUCGACAUACUCGUAUACAUCUUUGCCAAGGGAUUGAAUCUGUACAACUGCAAGGUGACGGAUAAUAAUUACACGCCCUCGCUGUAUGCCCCAAUUCCGCACGAGGAUGCGACUACUUCGCCCAGUGGUCCUCGUGGAGGAAGUCCUGUGACCACCACAACCACUUCCUCGCCCAUGCAACGUAGGGAUGCGCCACAAGAGCACCAGACGACUUCAGUAUUUAGGAAUCCCAGUUCUGUGACGACAUCGUCGGGCGGAGCCCAGAGCAUUGUGGAGCCCAGUGAAAGUGGAGUAACCUAUGCCCAGGUGGUCUUCCCACCAGACAGACGCAAGCCAGAUGACGGUAGCGUUAGUCCCAAACGUUUGGCUGUACCAGCAGAUGUUCCAUUGCACCAUCUCUCCGAAUCGGAUGUUCGCAGUCAGUUGGGGAAUUUGAGAUCUUUUAAUCCUCCCAAGCAGGAGGCCGACUUGGGUCGCGAUACCGUAGAUACCGACAAUGUGGUGGUCACACAGCCUCAAGCACACAUUCAACCACAGGUCCAAGCAGUGCUUCCGCUCCAACAGGUUCACCCUCAAGCUCAGGAGGAUAUUUCAACAGAUACUAUGAUUCAGCAACUAAAUCAUCAACGGCAACCCGAAGACCCUAGGCCACAAAGCCCCGAAACGGACUUCUGAGGAGGCCACACAUAAAGUAUUCUAAAAUGUUUUAAUUACAAUUCUUAGCUUAAGACCGAUCCAAUGUGCCAAGACAAAUCAAAUAAACAAACAAAUAAAGUUA